GUCGCGAUCGACAAGUUGGCGGGAUGGAGGCGACGAGGUCGGGAUAGAGGAGGGGAGAAGCCGGGAUGGAAGUCGGGAUGGCCAAAGGGGGCAACAAAGUUGGGAUGUCCGGAGGUCGGGAUAGGGAGGGGAGGAAGUCGGGAUGGGGAGAGAGGGUCGGAGGGUCGGGAGGGGGAGGGGGAAGUCGGGAUGUGGGGGGGAGUCUGGAUUCGGGUCGGAAGACGGACGACACUGGGAUAGGGGAAGGGGAAGUCGAAGUCGGGAUGGAAAGAGAGGAGGAAGUCGGGAUGGGGAGCGGGGUUGGAGAGUCGGGAUGGGGAGGGGAGUUGUCUACGAAACUGGAUGCAGUAGUUGGGGCGGUUGACAAGAACAAUGAAGUGUCUAAGCUGAAGGAAGAAAUUGAACGACUGAAGAGAGCACAGUGUGUGGCGGGGCCUUCAACCUCUGUCAGCAAGGCUUCCACAGAAGGAGAAACGGUGGAAAAGCUCAAGCAGCAGCACAUGGAGAUCCAAUCAGCGACCAAGAGGAGAUUUGCGGCUCUAGAGGAGGAGAUAGCAAAACUAAGGAGACUACGUGAGGAGGUUGUGGCCGAUGUCGAGGCAUGGAAGAACGAGGCCCUUCGUCCGGGUAACAAACGUGGCAGUUUGGUCAUUGGAGCUACUCCCGCUACGCAUGCAAAGACAAGACCGAGAACGACUCCUGUCCACGUCACCAGUACCCAGAAGAAGGUCAACGAAAACCUUAAGGGAGUUGUGGAUAGGCAUGAAAUGGAGGUUAAUCUCUUGAAAGAGAUGCGACUGAUGGAACUCAACGGGGCGCGUGUUGCUGAACAGGAGUUGGAACGUGCCCAAGAGAAGCAGAAAGAAGAUGAACUUGAACUGGAAAGAUUAAGAGCGGAGAUGAGCAGACUGGAGAUGGAGAAGAAGUUUCGGUGUGGCGGCACUAACUUAAAGACCAAGCUAGACGAAGUGGCGGGCUGCUCCGCCAGGAAAACGGAUAAAGGUAAGAAACCUGCGGGUUUGGUUCUGAGCAAGCGAGAUCGGAUACUGAGGGACGAGUGGAAGAACCUGAGGAACUUGACCAAGAAGGAGGUAAUAGUGAUCUGCGAGAAGGAGGGGAUAAAAUACUCCAAGUUGGAAAUAACCAAAGAAGAAAUUGCUAAUAUGCGUACCGAGAGGCUGAUGGAACAAGAACAGGAUGAAAAUGGCGAAGCACGAGCGGUUACGAUUCAUGAGGUGAAUGAAGACGGAGGGGAGGACUCAGGUAAGAUUGAGGGCAGUGAAUCUGCUGCUUUUUAGUAUCUUACCCGGACGCGACCCUUCUUUGGAAUAUUGUCAAUUUGUGUCGUAACGUU